CUGGUUACUCGCUGUUCCGGGACCCGCAGCAGCAGCACCCGCAGGCACAGACCCCGCGCCCUGGAUCACGCUGGAGCCUUGUCUGUGUCUUGAGGGUACUGAUGGUAUCUGAGUGCACCUCCCAUCCUGGGCUCACCAUACUGCCUUGCAAAUGUGAACAAAUUAUCCAGCAUCACGGUCAGGUCUUGAAGUGUAAGGUGCAGGCUUCUCUUCACGGUGCAUGGACGGAAAGCCAAUGCGCAGGUGUACCAGUACUCGACCAGGAGAGACCGGAAUGGAUGUGACGAGCCGUUGCACCCUUGGAGAUCCCAACAAACUGCCAGAGGGAGUACCACAACCUGCUCGCAUGCCCUACAUCUCAGACAAGCACCCUCGACAAACCUUAGAGGUUAUCAAUCUUCUGCGGAAGCACCGAGAGUUGUGUGAUGUGGUACUAGUCGUGGGUGCCAAAAAGAUCUAUGCACACCGGGUGAUACUUUCAGCCUGCAGUCCUUAUUUCCGAGCCAUGUUCACUGGGGAACUGGCAGAAAGUCGGCAGACAGAGGUAGUGAUUCGAGACAUCGAUGAAAGGGCCAUGGAGCUGCUGAUUGACUUUGCAUACACUUCCCAGAUCACAGUGGAAGAGGGCAACGUCCAGACCUUACUGCCAGCUGCUUGCCUACUCCAGUUGGCUGAGAUCCAGGAAGCCUGCUGUGAGUUCCUAAAAAGACAAUUGGACCCUUCCAACUGCCUGGGUAUCCGGGCUUUUGCUGACACUCACUCCUGCCGUGAGCUGCUGAGGAUUGCCGACAAGUUCACGCAACAUAACUUUCAGGAGGUGAUGGAGAGUGAGGAGUUCAUGCUUCUUCCAGCCAAUCAGCUCAUAGAUAUCAUAUCCAGUGAUGAGUUGAAUGUUCGCAGUGAGGAGCAGGUGUUCAAUGCAGUGAUGGCCUGGGUAAAGUACAGCAUUCAGGAGAGGCGACCCCAGCUACCCCAGGUGCUGCAACAUGUCCGUCUGCCACUACUCAGUCCCAAGUUCCUGGUGGGUACAGUCGGCUCAGAUCCACUCAUUAAAAGUGACGAAGAAUGCAGGGACCUGGUGGAUGAAGCUAAGAACUACCUGUUGUUGCCCCAAGAGCGGCCGCUGAUGCAGGGACCAAGAACUCGACCACGCAAACCCAUCCGUUGUGGAGAAGUGCUCUUUGCAGUGGGAGGCUGGUGUAGUGGGGACGCAAUUUCCAGCGUGGAGCGCUAUGACCCUCAAACCAAUGAGUGGCGGAUGGUGGCUUCCAUGAGCAAAAGGCGCUGUGGAGUUGGAGUCAGUGUUCUGGAUGACCUCCUGUAUGCUGUGGGAGGCCAUGAUGGUUCUUCUUACCUUAACAGUGUAGAAAGAUAUGACCCAAAGACGAAUCAGUGGAGCAGUGAUGUGGCUCCCACCAGCACCUGCAGAACCAGUGUUGGAGUGGCAGUUCUCGGGGGAUACCUGUAUGCUGUUGGUGGCCAGGAUGGCGUCUCUUGUCUCAACAUUGUGGAAAGGUAUGAUCCAAAAGAAAACAAAUGGACUCGGGUGGCUUCCAUGAGCACCAGGCGCUUAGGAGUGGCAGUGGCUGUGUUAGGGGGCUUUCUCUAUGCUGUGGGAGGCUCCGAUGGGACGUCGCCUCUCAAUACAGUGGAGCGCUACAAUCCCCAAGAGAACCGCUGGCACACAAUAGCUCCCAUGGGGACUAGACGGAAGCACCUGGGCUGUGCAGUAUACCAAGACAUGAUCUAUGCUGUGGGAGGCCGAGAUGAUACCACAGAGCUCAGCAGUGCCGAGAGAUACAACCCCAGAACCAACCAGUGGUCUCCUGUGGUGGCCAUGACAUCACGGCGGAGCGGCGUUGGCCUUGCAGUAGUGAAUGGACAGCUAAUGGCAGUGGGAGGCUUUGAUGGCACAACGUACUUGAAGACCAUUGAAGUGUUUGAUCCUGAUGCUAACACAUGGAGGUUGUAUGGCGGAAUGAACUAUCGUCGGCUGGGAGGUGGUGUAGGCGUUAUCAAAAUGACACAUUGUGAAUCCCAUAUAUGGUAAGCGUCUAAUGGAGGGAAAGCCCUUGGUUCUCAAUCCUAUACAAACUGAAGAGACUUACUGACUCUGGAGCUCUGUGCGGCUCUAGUAAAAUAUAGAUCCACCUUAAUUCUUUGCUGGUGCCUCUUUCUAUGGAAUUAUAAAUAAAAUGACUUUUUUGAGCGCACAUCCAAUGGGAGACCACCUUGUCAGACUCCAGGAACCACCUACUACAACUAGAAGCUUUGCUUAUGUCCAUAUUUUUUUCUAAACAGUCUCUUGGUUUUUGAAUAAACUGAACUGUAAAAGUUACUCUAGCAUAAACAAUGACCCGGGACUGCAAGCUGUGCCAGGAGUCUGGCAAAGAGGAGGGCCUCUCCUCCUCCAGCAGUGGAAGUGGCAUCCAUGCAGUGGGUGAAAGAGGAAAGUGAUACUGAAAAUAGUGCUUUUGCCUUAUUUACAGAGAGCUUCAUUUAAAAAAAAAUAUGUACUUGACCAGAAAGGUGCCACCUUUGCACAGAAGCUUUUCUGAGUGCAGAGUAUAUUUAUUUUUUCAUUUAAUUUGUAUCAUGUAUUUUCUUUGUAUCACUCACAGUGAAAGAUUCCAUCUCUUUUAAUUUUUUGAGAUUGAGUUCUGACAGGCUGAUGGUUGGGGCAGGGCUACAUCCUGAUACUUCUGGACGCUGCUGCGCCAAGCCACUUGGACCUCUUAGAGCACAGGAGCUGUGAAGAUUAGUGCUCUGAGCGUCUGGUCGGUUUUUGGGGCAAUGAGAAGCAGGACUGGAACUCCCAUCUCUUUGCUGA